GAAACAAGGUGUAUAUAAACAGAUUCCUUGUUAUUGUUAACAGAAACAGAAAAAAGCAUCUGUGAAAGAAACGGAUCUUAACAUACCAGACAGGUGAAAGUAUGAGGGGAAGAAGUUGCAGCUACAGUCCUAGUCCACACAGAGGUUACAGCAAGAGAUGCCGUAGCCCUAGCCCGAGGGGUCGCUUUGGUGGUCGUCUGAGUGAUCCGCCUACUAGUCUCUUGGUUCGCAACCUUCACCAUGAUUGCAGGCGUGAAGAUCUUCGAGGGCCGUUUGGCGAGUUUGGUCCCAUUAAGGAUAUUUAUUUGCCACGAGAUUAUUACACUGGGGAGCAGCGUGGCUUUGGUUUUGUGCAGUACUUGGACCCUGCUGAUGCUGCAGAUGCCAAAUAUGAGAUGGAUGGCCAGGUUCUACUUGGGCGGGAGAUCACUGUUGUGUUUGCCGAGGAAAACAGGAAGAAGCCUUCAGAGAUGAGAGCAAGAGAGCGUUCGAGGGGUCGGGGAAGCUCCCAACUCUCUUAUUCUCGGUCUCCACGGUAUAGGCGGUCCUAUUCUCGGUCACCGCGGUAUGCUCGGGCUUAUUCUCGAAGCCCUGACUACUAUUCGCUACCUCCUAGGAGAAGAUAUUACUCAAGGGAGAGGUCUUACUCAAGAUCUCCUUAUGGCUCUAGGAGCAGAAGCCCAGUAUGGAGUAGGAGUAGAAGCCGUAGUAGGAGCUUUGAUGAUAAGAGUUCUCUAGCGGUGUUGCGACUAUAGUCAUUUUACUGAACUCUUUGGGUUGUGGACUUGUGAGCACCUUGUGAUAUUGCCGAUAGUUGGAAGAUCAGACUCCAUUAGUUCAGUAAAUGAGCCCGUGCUUGGUUGUGCGUGAUUGACAUUUCUUCAUUGUAAAUUUUCGUGCUCGUAUAUUGUCCUGUUUGUUGAAGAUCUCUAAAAUCGUGAGCUAUUCAUUAUUAUA